AUGAAGACCACACUUGCUCAGCAACCAGAGCUGCAAUCCUUUCAGCCCGAGCAGACCAUAUACUCCUCCAGUGUUUUCAUCGAAAGAGAGACCAUGUAUGUUGUUGGUGGUCAUCAAGGUCGCUUGGAUCGCUCACAGAUGUUUUCAUUGGACCUGUCUAAAUCCUGGAGCACAUCUCAAGAUCCUCCAUUCAAGAAGCUUUCUGGCGGUUUGGCUACUCUUGCCGCGCCUGGAGCUCUUACGAAGGACAAGAAGAGCUGGUUUAUCAUCUCGAAUGCAACGGCUUAUUCAUAUAACUUUGCUGCCUCCUCCUGGAAAUCACUUGGAGAAAAAUACUAUAUUACGGAGCGCCGUGGCCUUGCAGCAGCUACAGAUCCAGAUACAGGAGCUAUCUAUGUCCCUAAUGGAUACGGAGGGUUUCUAGAUGGUAGCAACGAGAUGUUAGUCUACAAUGCUUCUAGCUCAGAUUUCCUAAAGGAGGGCUUGCACCCAGCUCUGAUGGGCCGACAUUUUUAUGCAGCAGCUUGGGCACCUACUCUGAAAGCGAUGCUGAUGUUUGGUGGUGGUGAUUAUAAUACGAAUAAUACGAAUAACGACCUAUAUUCGUACAGCCCUGAGCUUGGCUGGAGCUUGCUCACAACCAAGGGUGAUAUUCCUUCAUCACGAGACAGCACAUGUUUUGUUCCAGCACAUGAAGGCAGAACGAUGGUUUUGUUCGGUGGAAUGUCCGACCAAGGAGCCAGUUUGUUGGAUGACGUCUAUUUGUAUGAUGUCGAGUCAAUGACCUGGAAACGAGGAAAGAAUGUGGGGGUUGUGGGCGGUGCACGAUAUGGACAUGUGUGUGCCGUCUCGGAUAACUAUCUUAUUGUCUGGGGAGGGGGAUCUGAUGGUCCUAUUAGCAACUUGUUGAUGGUUUACGAUAUCGAAAAAGCAGAAUGGACUAAUCACUAUUCGUACAAGCCCGCGCCAGUCAACCCAACCGACCUAUUCCAACCAUCCUCUGCACUGUCACUGCCAAGGAGCAAUUUGAAAGCCGCUGUAGGUGUCCUUGGGAUCGUUGUGAUGCUUGUCAUUGGUGGUUUUUAA